AUGUCGGACGAUGAUGUAGUCGAAAGCAUUGUUGACGACGGUAAUGUUGCGGAUUACAAAUCACGUAUAGCCGAGUGGGCUACAAAAAGACAUGCUUUGCGCGUCAACCUUCAACAAGAAGCUACGGAAGAGUCUUCUCCACAACCAAUAGAUCCCUUGGAGGAAUCUCACGCACCCCAUCCAAUAAAAGCCGACUGUGAUCUUGGCCGCGGUCUGAAAAUUCCGGGCGACGUCUACACUCGGCUCUUUGAUCACCAGAAGGAAGGAGUCUGCUGGCUGUGGAACGUCCAUAAAAGAAACCACGGUGGAGUGCUUGCCGACGAGAUGGGCUUGGGAAAGACUAUCCAA